AUGUCCGAGCAGCAGCAACGGAGGAAACGGGAGAGAGAUAUCAAUGAAGGGAUAUCCUGGUCUGGUCGGUCGUUGACUACUAUCUACGCCGGCAUCUCUGUUUUGCACCGCGACUACGAAGAUAGCAGAGCUGCCAUCGCUUUUCGAAACUCGGCGUACUUAUUUGACUAUAUCGUGUUUGAUUUGCUCGCUGAGUCGUCCAACACACCUGUCCAUACCAUUUGCAACCGGAUCGUAUCCGAACUGCGGACCUACAGUGAGAAGCACAAGGAAAAGAUCGUAGGUCUGGCCAUGCCGCUGUCGCUGGCCGACAAGUACCCACCUCUCUGUCCUCAGCUCUGGCGGGAAUUGGAUAUUCUGCCUCUAGUUCUGGAACAUAAGGAACGCGCAAGGGCGGAUGCCGACCAGGGUGAACUGGCGACAUUCGCAUCAUGGAACACCAAGGAGUUGGAUGAACAGGCGGACUCCAUGGUCAGAAAGUGUUUGCGAUCCUUUGGCGCGGGCCAUGUCCUGCAAGGGGAAAUAGGUCUCGGGAGCUUGGUAGGGGUUGACCGGAAUUUUCGGGUGCGGUUGGCCGAUUUGCAAGACUACCAGGAGACGGUAAAUGCUCGGACAUGGUCUAUGGCUCAAUAUUAUGCAGAAGAACUCAAGCGACGAAAUGUGAAAAUUGCGUUCUUCAGCUUAUCCUCCCAUGGGAGGCCGGAUAUCCAUACGAGGCACUCACUGGUGAGGUUCUUACACUACCUGGGUGGCUUAAACAUGUGGUCUAGGUAUGUUCCAAAGCCACGUCCAGGGAUCAAUAGCAUUAUCCGGAAGAUGCAAGAUUCUCUAGAAGGACUGGGUGAAAGGGAUGAUUCCAUCACUGUCGAUGAGGAAAUGUGUAUUUUGCAGUGGGUCUAUGAAAACGCCCGACGGUACUGGCUCUGUGAAGAUGAUCCUCUGCAGGCUCGUUCCAAGGGCGGUGCAGACAUUGUGGUCAUCGACGAUGUGCCGCUUACACCCGCAGCAUUAUUAUCGAAACAGACCGAUCCGGGACGACCAGUCAUUAUUGAAAAUCGACUUCAAGUGCAAAAGGGCGCGUUGCAGGAUGCGAGUAACUUUUCGACACGUCCGUGGAACUUCCUGCGGGAACGUCUCAAGCAUGUGGAUCUUGUUGUAUCUCAGGCCCCGAAAGAACUGCUACCGAAUAUCAUGCCGCAGAAGAAGGUUGUGUAUAUUCCCGUGUCUGUAGAUCAACUGGAUGGAUUAAAUAAGUGUAUGAGCGACUUUGAUCUCACGUUCUAUGGUCGCGAGUUCAACACCUUGUGUCGAUCCUUCGAAACACCGACUUUGAACUAUCCAAAUGAGGAAUACAUCCUCCACCUGUCACAAUUCCGAAACCUUGACGAAACAAUCACAGUCCUCAACGCCUAUCAAAAGUUCCGCAGCCACUGCAUGGACGCAGGGAUGAACACCCUCUUCCCUAAGCUCCUCAUAUAUCAUUACGGACCAUCUCGCAGUUCCAGAAGCACCCUGAUCUACGAUGCUAUCCUCUCCUACAUCGAGACGGACAUGCCGCGUCUCAAAUCGUGCAUCUACGUAAUGCAAAUCGGCCCGCCAGACCAACUCUGGAAUACUCUUCUGACCAGAGCGAAAGUCGUCAUUGAGCUAUCCAUGUGCGAAGGCAUCCCCGCCAUGCUUCUGGCCGCCGUGCAGAAGGGGAAACCCAUAAUCACUGCCAAGGAAAUUGGUCAGUUCUCCUUUACCAAGGGUGUUAAUAACAUACUUUUCUGUGAGAAGGGUGAUGCGGAUGUCAUUGCCAGACUUCUGAGGGAUCUCUGGACUGAUCCCCGGCUGAGUGAGUUGUUGCUGCCGGGGCCAAGGAGGUUGAGGGACGAGUAUACGACGGUUGGGAAUGCGGUUAAUUGGUUGUUUUUGGCAGCGGAGAUGUCGCGAGAAGGCAAUGUUGUGGAACCGGAUGGGAGAAGUAUCUAUGAGUUGGCUGGUCAGGGGGCUGGUUUGUGUGCUUGA